GUGCUCACAUGUACGAUCAUGGUGGGACUUUUCGCCCUUUCAAGGGAGCUGAUGACGUCGAAAUCUGAGACAAAGAACAUAGUUCUUCCUGCACGUGCACUUAACUACUCAUCGAGGUCACAUCCCCGAGACAAUGUCCUUGAGAACCCAAAGAUAAUUUUGUUGUAUGCCAAGACAAUGUAUCAACCGGUCAUGGACGAGUUAUCUACGCUUCGUGGUUGCCCGGAAGUGAACUGUCGCAUGACUACAAAUCAGGCGUAUUUACAAAGAAGCAGUGCCGUGAUGUUUGCUGCGAUUUUCCUGAAGUUGAAAACUCCACCACAGCGGUACAAAGACCAAGUUUGGAUUCUACAUAACCACGAAUCACCACGGAUGGGUUGGGUUGGAAAAAGAAGUAUUUGGCUACAGAGUUGGAAGAAUGUGUUUAACUGGACAAUUGAUUACAGAAACGAUAGUGAUAUUCCUGCUCCUUAUGGUGUUUUACAAGCUAGAAAUCACACCAUAGAUAAAGAUUAUUCUGCGAUUUUCAAACAAAAAAAGGGCACAAUUGCAUGGAUGGUAAGUCAUUGUAGAACAAAAAGCAAAAGAAUGGACUAUGUUAAGGAGCUGAAGAAGUACGUCCAAGUCGACGUAUAUGGUGCUUGUGGAAACCAUACAUGCCCAAGGAGUGAUGGCCCGGCAUGUUUAGAGAUGUUAAGCUCAAAGUAUAAAUUUUAUCUGUCUUUUGAAAAUGCAUUUUGUCAAGAUUAUGUAACAGAAAAAUUCUUUCUAUAUUACGGACUCAACUUCAUUUUGAUAACUCGUGGGGGUGCUGAUUAUACUAAACAUGCUGAAAACAAUACUUACAUAAAUGCAAUGGAUUUUAAAUCUGCUGAACAAUUAGCCGUUUUUAUCAAACAACUUGCCAACAAUGAAACCAAAUACACGGCAUAUUUGAAGAGAAAGGAUAAAUACAAACCUGUAUAUGAAGAAUACUUACAUAAGAAAAAUAAUGUCAAUUUUCGGUGGUCGUAUAGACUAGAGGCCCAGGCGAUGUGUGAAGCAUGCAGAAGACUGUGGCAUGUUGACAAAUACAGGAAACACUAUGAUGACAUAACAGCAUGGUUUGACAAAGGCAUUUGCUACGAAACACCGCUAAUGUCACUCAUUAAAAACUGAGAAGUAUAUGUACCUUGAUAAGUUUAGAUUGUCAGGAAAUCUUCAUUUUUUGCAUAGUUUUAGAGGUACAAGAAAUGAGUAUAGAGAGGUUUGUCGUUCUAAAUCAUCCGUCUAUGUAAAUACACUUGCUGUAGAUAUUGUCAACUCUAGUAAGCAAAAUCCCAAAGCCUUUUGGUCUUAUGUAAAGUCCAUUCUUAGAAAUCCCAGUAAUAAACGCCAAGGCGAUAUAAGAGGUGAGGUGAAAUUGGGUUUAACGUCGCGUCCAAGAUUAUUGCACUUAUAUAGCGACGUGCA